GAUUAAUUUGCCUCGCAAUGAUCCUAACACAUCACUCGAUAUUUUUUAUAUAAUAGUCCUAGAGAAUCUUCUCACUAUGUAGUCAACUAUGGAGUUCUCUAAUACCCAGCUUCGCAUCCUCAUUGAUGAACGAAAAAAUAGAAAUGUGGAGUAUCACACUACUACAAAUAAAAAGAAGUAUCUCUUUUGGAACGAGAUUGCGGAAAAAAUAAAUGAUCAAGAAAAUACUAAUUACUUCACUGGUGACGCCUGCCAUAAAAAAUUCUUAGGUCUUACGAAAGCUUUUUACACAGCGGAAAAAUAUAAAGAAGGUACUGGAACGAAAAGAAGUUUAGUUGGCGAAGAAAUUUACGAAGAGUUCUCAACGAUGUUCUGGUUAAAACCAGAACUUCCAUUCGAGCAAGUGCGUAAUGAAAAUGUUAGGUCAAGUAGUGCGAAUUCUCCUGAGGCAUCAUCCUCUUCAAUCUCACCUAAACGGCCCAAAGGGAAAUCAAGUUCUGAGCAACAACCAUUGGAAAAAGCUGUCAAGGAGUCACCUACCAUUGGCGCCUCUGGCAAAUCAUCAUCACUCGCAACAUCAUCAAAUCCUGCCGAAACACCUAAUAUUUCCAGACCCGUAACCCCAACAAUUCCUUCUUUUUCGCAAAAUGCGAACGUGAUCAAUGUCACUUUUAAUUAUGGCGGUGCAUCAGAAGAUGAUUAGAGUUUUUUUCAUUAAUUUAGUAUAGUAAAUUUAGAAUUUUAUUGUUUUAUCAUGUGGUAUUGGACGCAGUAGAAAAAACAAAUGUUAUAUAAUAAAAGUCUUGGGGAUUGUGCUACAUUUGCAGAUUUGCAGUAAUACAAAUGAAUUAUUUACUAUGUAAUGGGCUAUUGAGUAGUCUGUUUUGAAAUUUCUUCUAGCAAGUUCCAGUUGUUAUAAUUUCACGAUCACGAGUGGAGUAUUCAGAAAGUAUAAAAACCCCCUCCUUUCGCUCAUCAUAACAUUUUCCCAUAAAUUACUUCUCAAAAAAUAAUACUAAUGGAAUC